AAGCAGGGCCCAAUCAGCAGCAGCCAAAUACAGAUGCGGAAGUGCCUGACACAGCACUUUGAGCAACUGGAGUUUAAUAACGAGGUUGGAAGUUAAAGCGUCAGUGUCGCCAUAGAGUACAGACAGAGGAGUGACCGGUGCGGGUAUGUCGCUCAGCGGAGAAACCGUGUUUCGGGCCAUAGAAGUUCCGCUGUUCUGGCUCGGUGCUCUGACCGCGGCCUGGUUGUCGGUGUGCACCGUGUACCGCCUACUGUCUGGCUUCAGGGUGUGGGUGCUGGGCAACGGAAGCCUGGUAUCGCCCAACAAACUAGGAAAGUGGGCAGUUGUUACAGGAGCCACAGAUGGGAUUGGGAAAGCAUAUGCAGAGGAGCUUGCCCGCAGAGGCUUUGCCAUCAUUCUGAUUAGCCGCUCUCAGGAAAAACUCGAUGAUGUGUCUAAGGCAAUCGCGAGCAAAUGUGGCGUGGAGACCAAAACAAUUGCAGCAGACUUCAGUGCCAUAGAUAUUUAUACCAAGAUUGAAGAAGGGCUAACGGGACUGGAGAUUGGAGUGCUGGUAAACAACGUGGGCACAUCCUAUGCCUACCCUGAAUUCUUCCUCAAUGUUCCCAAUCUGGACACUUUUAUUGACACAAUGAUCAACAUUAACAUAACAUCAGUGUGCCAGAUGACUCGUCUUGUUUUACCUCAAAUGGUAGAAAGGAAAAAGGGAGCCAUCCUAAACAUCUCAUCUGCCAGUGGGAUGUACCCGGUUCCUCUCCUGACCGUCUAUUCUGCCUCCAAGGCAUUUGUGGACUUCUUCUCCCGAGGACUGCAAGCUGAAUAUAAGAGCAAAGGAAUCAUCAUUCAGAGCGUUUUGCCGUUUUUUGUUGCCACCAAGCUGAGUAAAAUUCGUCGCCCUACACUGGACAAGCCUAGUCCAGAGCGCUAUGUUGCAGCUGAGCUCAACACUGUGGGGCUGCAGACACAGACCAAUGGAUACCUGCCGCACGCUAUUAUGGGUUGGGUGACUACAGCUCUGCUCCCAGCCAAGAUGCUCAACAGCUACGUGAUGGGGAUGAAUCUGUCCCAGCGUGCUCGUUACCUCAAGAAGCAGAAGCAGGGGUAGGGGGAUCAGAUGGACGCUGGGAGCCGCAGCAAGAGACGGAUGGGACCAGCUGUAUUAAUGUCGUGUCCAACUGCCAUCAUCAUCAUGGACCAGGCAAAGAGAAUGUGACAGUUUCUGGGCAACAUCUCAGUUUUCCUCCUGCAAGUGAUAGAUGAUAUGAGCCAGUCUCUAUGCACAUUACAUGUGCUCAACCCAAACAGUUUUAUAAAGAAAUCAUUGGACUAAUUGGUGCGUUCAGUAAACAGCUUAAAUUAAACAUAAAAAAACUAAAACCAGACCAUCUGUUUUAGAAACGGAAUAACAAAUUAAUCUUGUAUGAGAAAGUAAUGUAAAUUUGGAAUUGUGAGAUGCAUGAUGUCUCUGAACGUGUGUUUUGUGGUUCCUGUUUGCUAAAACACUGAAAGAGUAACUUCCGUCUGGGUUAAAAAAACCUUUAACCUUUCCAGUUUUUUUUUUUUUUUAGUGUCUAGUUUUCAGAACAUUGAUUUAAAUCUUUUCUAUAAAGCACUAACACAAAAUCAUUCCUCAGCUUUAGCUUUUUUGGUUUAUUUGGAGUAAUGUCUCAGUGGUUUUAGUGUUUGUGACAAAGAUUUUUGUCCAGUUGAGCCAAACAGUUAAUGAAAGUUAUAGAACAUAAUCUGUUUUAAUUACCGGCAAAGAUAAAAUUGUAUGAAAAUAUGCAAUGUAUGAUUUGUUUAAAAAUUAAACAUCCAACGUCCUACAACACAUUUCGUUUUGUGUCCAUCUACUCAGAAAUUUCAUAAAUGUAUUUUAACCUGCUGUGUUUUGAGUUGUUGCAUGUAUAAUGGUGGUUGUUCUACCAAACUAUUGAUACAGAUUUAUAUAAAUUGGGUGUUCUUAUACAAUUUAACAUUUGCCAUUUCAGUUCAGUUAACCUUAUUUUGUGUUUGUCUCUGGGAAAUGUAUACCUAACAUUCAAACAUAAGCGCUGCAUUCACGAUUUACUUUCUGUCACUAAAUAACUAGCAGUAGCAGCUCCAUGUAGUUUUGGGAGUUACCCUGGAUGAUUGAUUUAAUGUUGAAACCUGGAUUGCAUUUGUUCAUCCUGCCAUCAAUAAACAUGCUUUUCAGAUCAA